GCAACACAUCGGGAGCCAUGGUCUCUCUUUGUUUGUGUACACCAGGUUGGCUAUGAAGCUGGCUCCUCUUCUUCUGCUGAUUCUCUGGGCCUUUCAGAGUGCAGAGGCCACCAAUUCUGAGGUCUGUAAUGAUGAUCAAUCGAUUAAUAAUCUCCAAGUGUUGAGUUCCUCAGACCCAGACUAUGACGUAGUUGACAUUGAAAAGAACACAAACUUCUUCUGCGGCCUUUACCCGACAAAUAUACUCAACUGUUCCUGGACCUUCCUCGACUUACAGCAGGAUGCUGAGCUGUAUGUUUAUAUCAGUGUUUGUGACAAUACCAGCACAGUUCAUCCCCUGAGUCUUGUGUCUGAAGAACAUUUCGGAUCAACGUCCAUGGCUUUGAAGGAGCAUGAGAUGCUGCAUGUCGUCUUGCAUUUCAACGUGUCCUUGCAACACACGUGGGCGGUCUACAGUUACGUGUACGACACCGAAAUGAUGGAGGUGUUGCCUCCACCUGGAAACAUCUCCGCUUCAGUCAGAAAUGAAGACCUGGUGGUGACCUGGCAGGUUCCCCGCGGUCGAGCUUACUACAACCCUUCCUGUUUUGAAUACCAGCUGGAUGUGGGAGACAAGGAAAAAGCCAAAGUCCUGGGCAGCCAGCUUUCUUAUACUGUGCACAAUGUUGAUCCAUCCUUCACCUACGGCGUGAGGCUCCGGGCCAGGAAAAUGUUCACUUGUUUAGGAUCACCACAAUGGAGCCACUGGAGUAACACUGUCAUGAUAGAACAGACAUGCGAAACAGUCAACAUUACGGUGAUUGUCUUAAUUACACUUGGAAUACCCAUGAUCCUUCUGGCUUUGCUGCUGUUUUUCCGUCAUCAGAGGUUGGCAGAGGUUCUCUAUCCCACAAUUCCCCGCCCUCCAUUAAAGUACAAACAUUUCCUGGAAGAAAGCAGCUCAUUGAAUUUUUAUCAUCCGUUUUCCUCGGUGAAGUGUGAGGAGGUGAUCACGGUGGUGGAGGAAACGGAGCCAGACAAGCCUGGAAAGACAUUUUAAAAUAUAAAAUGUAAAAUGUCAAAUAGUGUAUUCACUUUAUCGGCGUUUAUCUCUUUGUUUGUGUUCAAAAUAAAUUGUAAAGUUCUGAAUAGAUUUGGAUGAAAUUGUCACAAAUGGGAUAUUGAACAACUGAUUAAAUUUUGGAGGUGAUUUGGAGGGAAUUUAGCCUUCCCGGUACAUUGUUAUAUCAUGUUAGCAUUGCUACCAUGCUCAUUUUUUUGCUAUUUCAUGGCA